AUGGAGGGAGAUCAAAGGUUGUUGAUCAAAGAGCGAACAUCAACAUCAGAAGAGGAAUCAUCACUGGUGAAGAGGGUGCGGAAUGAGAGCAAGUUGAUGUGGAUAGUGGCAGCACCAGCCAUAUUCACUAGGUUCUCCACCUUCAGUAUCAAUGUUAUAAGCCAGGCUUUUGUUGGUCAUAUUGGUUCAAGAGAAGUCGCCACUUUUGCUCUUGUUUUCACUGUUCUCAUAAGCUUUGUCAAUGGUAUUCUGGAGGCUCGAUUCAAUGGACCAACUUCCAAGCUUCUCCCUCGCUUCCGUUUCCUCAUGUUCCUCCCCCUUCCUUCCCUCUACUUUCUCUUUUCAAACCCUAGCCCUUUGGAUUUCUUCUCCGCUUGCUCAACAACACUAUUGAUUUCCCUCAACCUGUUGCUCUUCACUCGAUUGUUCCCUGCCAAAUUUUCAUCAUUGUCUUCUUCUUCCUCUUCUACUCACCCUGUGGUGUGGUCCAUUGGGUCGAACCCUAAGCAAGUGAAGAGCACAAGUUGGGGACAUUGGGUUCAAGUUUACAGCAAUGGGGAUGUGUACGAGGGUGAAUUCCAAAAGGGAAAGUGUUGGGGAAGUGGGGUUUAUCACUGUCACAUGAGUGGGAGGUAUGAGGGGGAUUGGGUUGAUGGGAAGUAUGAUGGGUGUGGGUGGAAACAUGGGCAAGGGGGAGCAGGUUCUACUGUGGUGAUGUAUAUGGUGGUGAAUGGGUCUAAUGGGCAGUGUCAUGGGUUUGGAGUCCACACUUGCUAUGAUGGGAGCCGCCAUGUUGGGGGGUUCAAAUGGGGUGUCAAACAUGGACACGGAGAGUACCAUUUCAGAUUUACAGGUAUAUUGAUUUGGAUUUACUGUGCUUUACGAGUUGGAACUCAUAAUGCCAAAGUUUUGUUGCUCUAG